AUGACCUUUAACUCAGCUGCAGGAACGUGCAUGUGAUCUGGUUCCAAGGCUUCUACCCUUCUAUGCAUCUGUAAUACAGGAUUUUAUUCAAAUGGCCAAAAUACUUGCACUAUAUGCACUGCAAAAUGUUCUUCAUGCUUAAAUUUAGCUACUUCUUGUACUGCCUGCGAGGAUUCUGUCCAUAUGACUUUUGACUCAGCUGCAGGCACCUGUGCAUGUACUGAUACCAAUACUUCUUUUGAUACUACAACUCUUCAAUGUACUUGCAAUGCUGGAUUUUACUUAAAUGACCAAGACGCUUGCACUGAAUGCAUAAGUCCAUGCUCUUCAUGCAAUUCAGCUACUAUUUGUAAGGGAUGCAUCAAUGGCUGCUAUUUAGAUUCCACGACUUGUGAAGCUUGCACUAAUCAAUGCGAUAAUUGCUCUUCAGCACAAAUAUGCUCUAGUUGCGUAGAAUGCUGAUCUUGAAGACUGUUCAACUCGCAAAAAGUGCAUAUGUGAAAAGGGAUGCUCACCAGUUAAUGGUGCUUGCUCUCUAUACCCUGCUUCUUGUGUAGCAUGCGACUCUUUAACGGUUAGGGUUAAUUAGGGAUUAUAGAGAUACCUUCUUCCGCAGGGACGACAAGCCUCCUAAAAAACCCAGUUGAUGACGUUGACGGCCCAUCUAGCUCCUGGCAAGUAUUCCAGAGGAUGGCCAACAUUGACUUCGCUGAGGGCCACUCUCCUCUAUGUGACAAACAGUGAAAUUGCAUGCCUCCUUUCUUUCUUGGACCAAAUGGUUUACCUUACGCAAUAAUCCAUAUUUGUGAAUGAAGGUUCACCUGGAAAACUGAACCCUUCAAUUAUAAAAUUGAUAAGGGCGGAGCUAAUUACGAAUCAAGCAAUUGCUAUUGCGCGGCUCUUUAACACAUUGUUCAACUUGCAAAAAUAAUGCUGAAAAGGGUGCUCUCUUGCAAUAG